GACAUCCACCUUUUCCGAAACAAGACAUCAUAUCUAGCCACAGUGUCGAACACCCUGUCGAAAUAAUAUGCGCUUUUCUCUGUUCCAACGAACCGAAAUGUGUUGGAUUUAACUUCAGAACACGAAAUACUGAUGAAAAUUGCCAACUUACUAACAGCACUAAAGAGAACAGCAAAACAAAGAACGGAAGUUGGACGCUGUUACGUGUUGCGGUAUGCAGAACAUUAAUGUUUUCUUAAUUUUAGCAGACUCUUUAAAUUAUUGGCAAAACAAACCAGACCGACCAUUCUGUAGCUUUUUAAGUACUUGAAAUUGAUUUUCCAGUGCUAUUAAAGAUCAUUCAGUUUCCACAUGCGAUUGGUAUAGCACGGUCCAGGACAAUAGCCCAGGGCGAUACUUUUUAUACCUGCGUCUGCGGGCAAACAUUAUGAUUAUAUAUCAUUAGCUUCAACGUUUCGUGAGCAGAAUUGUUGGUAUGUAAGUUAGUAAAGCAUGAUAAUUUCUUGCAUAAUGACAGGACACUGACAGUGGUUGUGAGCCUGCGAACUUAUGCUGUCAAAAAUAUACAGCGAUACUAGCUAUGUUUAAUGUCCCUGACGGAGAAAAGCAAGCUCCAUGUGGGUCAAUCUGAAUUAUUGCUUGCUGGGUUCGUGGUAAGAAAAUAAAUAGCUUUUAAAAUAUUAAAAUUUAAGUAUACUAUUGAGGAUGCUAUUUCCGCUCGGCUUUUUACACCCGUGCAAUAAUCAUGUCGUCCUGUAAAGGGACAGUACUGAUCAUGUUCACCACAAUUUUCUAUUUCAAUACUGUACGCUUCAGCUCACACUUAACAAAUUGGAUUCUCGCCAGUCUCCACUUUUGACAUCAUAUGUAUUAUACUAGGUUACCCACAGGGCAGUAAUGCUGCCUUUGACAGCAAAAGAAAAACUACAGGGUGUUGAACGAGUCCUUCAGAAACAUCCUAUUAUUGUUUAGCCUGCAUGGCAGGCGGUUCCUAAAAUUGGGCAAGCCUGGGAAAUACCGCCUGCCAUGCAGGCUAAUUAUUGUUAUCCUUGUUAACCCAUAUAUUGACAGUACCCUACCACUGACUGAGUAUUAAAAAUCGUCUGGCGUUGGACAGGGUAAAUACUAAAGUAGGGGUCAUUACUGUGCUGAUGAAUGAACAAGAGCCAUUGGCAGAUAGGUUUGUUAACCCAUUUACUGGCAGUACCCUAUACCACUGACGAGUAAAAUCUUCUGGCGCUCGACAAGGGAAGGGCGCAUUGCCAGCUAAUGGGUUAAACUACUGUGGUUAAACAUAAGAUUUCAUGAUGCUCCAGGAAAUGUAAACAAGCUAUCAGUGUGACAUCCCAGUUUAUAUAUUUAUAUACUCGGAAUAUUUAUUUCUCGGUACAUACAAAAUUAUUUUAAAGUAUAACAACCAGCGAAGACGUAAGGCACUAACUACCCUGCGCGGCUGCGCGCAGACUAUAUAACGACAUAUAUAUGUCAUCCGUCCGUCAUUCAUCCGUCCGUCCGUAUCCGCGUUUUAUCCUAACCCGUUUUUAAAACACAAAGUUUGCAUUUAAUUAAGGCAGUGCGGUUCGUCAUGAUCAAUAUUUUCAAAAGCGGCCAAUUGGACCAGGGGUUAAAGGGCAAUGACAAUGACAUGCAGGUGACAUUUAGCAUUGCGUCUCACUAAUUAAAAUUUGCGUGUUUAUUAAUAGUGUUUAUCAAAGAAAGCAAAAAUAUAUACAAGACAAUCUCACAUGUGGAGUUUUUUCACUUACAGUACGUACUGCCUUGUGAUGCAGUACAAGUAUAAAUACAAAUGACAAAGCAUUUGUAAAUCCUAAAACAUAAUUAAAUCAUACGGCACAUUUAAGAUUUUAAAUUUCAGCCGCGUUUAUACUGUUUGGCGCAUUCGCUGCGUUAUAUUCAUUUACAUGUAUAUACACAGAAAAGCAUGUCAGGAUUGUCCUUGCAGACCAUAGGCAAAAAGCAUUUGUCAACCAUGCACAUACCAAAUUUAAGCGAUCGUUAAAUCAUAUACAUGUCAUGGAAAGAAUAUGGAAAUAAUGUUGAAUGAAAGCUAGCAUCGCGUAUAAUAUUAAAAGCACAGCAUAUAGUGCUCGAACCACUGCGUAUAAUUGCAAAAGCAUCGCGUAUAUAAAUGGUGAAAGCACCGCGUAUAAUACUGCAACCACCGCGUAUAAUGGCAAAAGCACCGUGUAUAAUGCCAAAAGCACCGCCGUAUAAUGCUAAAAGCACCCAGCAAAAUGCCGUUUGAUCACUUUAAGCCAGCUAUGGCUUUCCAUAAAAGAAGACCAAAGAUGAAACAUGAUCACAUUGCCUGUUUGCCUUAUGCCUGACCGCGCUGCACCACGGUUAAAAUUCACUGGUACCGUCAUGCAAUGCGCCAAAUAGAAAAUUUUGAUUUCGACCCACAAAACAAAAUUAGGAUCUGCUGCCUUGCUCGCUCGCUUCAGGCUCGCUCGCUGCGGCAGCAAUAAAUAGCUGGCAUUUUGAAUGAUACAGUGUAUAAUAUUGAUUGGCACAUGCUAAUAUGGCUUUCAUACGUAGAUGGCUUACCUUGUUAAAUUAAACUUUAUACAAAUUUCUUACCUUUUAUCGUAAUGUAAAUUUUAGCAGGGCUGUUGAAACCGGGGGGGGGGAGGGGGGGAUUUAACCCCUCCCCCCCCAAUAAUUUGUAAACUUGCGAUAAUCUGUGAAGUUUGAGAGAAAAAUAAUGAACUACUGAAUCGACCCUGACUAAUCACCCCCCCUCCCCAAUACAAAAUUGCUUCCUAGGGUUGAUCGUAGUUAUUAGAUUCUAAAACUUGUAAACACAACAAUAUUUUAUUCACUUGAUUUGAUGUAAGGUAAUACAGUACAGUUCUGUUUAUAGCAUCGAAUCAAAAUUUCCCCAGGAUUCCUUUUGAAAUUUCCAGGAACAAACAUAUUCCAAUAACUUUUCUGCAAUGUACGCGUAGCUAACCUGCGCUUCGUAUUUUGUUCACUGCCUAGUAUUUCUUCAAUUCAAAUGUUUAUAGGCACCGAAGGAAUGUUUCGAAUAUACCUGGCUCAAUGAAAGCAACAGAAACGCGAAGUAUUUACCACGCCUAUACCACUGUGACAGCAGUCUUUCCACAGGAUGGUACAGAUUUGGAGGAGGAGCUGGGAUCAAACUUUCGAUAAAAUGUUAUAAUGGUGCCAGAUGUGGAACCACUGCGCAUGGGUGGAUGAGUGGUGCUCACCCUACAAUUGCUGAAGGCAAGGUCUCACGGAAA